AUGCCAGCGUGCACUUUCAGCCGCCCGCAAGUUCGAGAGUGUUAUUCGAUGCUCGUUGACGGUGUGAGAAGAACGAUCUUUGUGAGCGAGAACUCACCGGGAAAUUCGGGCAAACGGCCGUCGGGCUCGGCCGCUCUUCGGGCAGCGACUCAAGCGGCGCGGAUACGGCUGUUGGGAGCCAUAUUCGAACGGGUUUGCGCCGUGGACGUCGAGAAUACUUCCGUGGCCCAGCUCGACGGGUUCCUCUCAAACGCCAAGGACCUUUGGGGUAAAUUCAGCCUCAUGCACGACUCCAUACUGGAGAACAGCACGGACGACUUCCUCCAGGAUGAAUACUUCACGGAGGACGCGUACUCUCGGGCCUUCACGCUCUUUGGCGACAUCACCGGGCAGGUGGCAGUGCUGAAGGACGGGAUUCAGCAUCGCGAUCGGGAACGGGCGGGAUCACCCUCACUCGAUACGAGCGUGGCAACGGGAGACAGGUCAUACCUGCCAAAGAUCGAGCUACCAUCAUUUUCCGGGGAGUAUACUCAGUGGAUACCGUUUCGGGAUCUCUUCACUUCGCUCGUCAUCAAUAAUCGGGCUCUCUCAGAUGUCGAGCGGAUGCACUAUUUACGGGCGUCGACCACGGGGGAAGCCGCGAAGCUGAUCGCGAGCAUGGCGAUUGAAGCGGACUCCUUCUCAACGGCCUGGGAGACUCUUACAGAGCGCUACCAGAACGAUCGGGUUUUGGUCACUUCUCAUCUCGACACGCUCUUCAAAACGGCGGUGAUCGCUCCUCGCUCUGCACGGGAUCUCCACGCGCUCGUACACAGCGUCACCGAGUCAUACAACUCACUUCGGGUAUUGGGUGCUCCUAUAGAGCAUUGGGACUGGGUGCUGGUUUAUCUCAUUGCCAGACGUCUCGACCCUGGGACUCGGGAGGCGUGGGAGCUCAGGACCGGGCAAUCUAAAGUUCCCCCGUCAUUCACCAUUGGUCAGCCGUCAGCCACGUCGGGUGGCGGGACAACCUCGCAAGCUUGUGCCUUCUGCCAGGAGAAGCACUACAUUGCCGUGUGCUCCAAGUUCAGGCAGUUGUCUCCAGAGGCGCGUCGGGGCGAAGUACAGAGACUCAAACUGUGCUUCAACUGCUUGGGCCGGCACAACGUCAACGCGUGCAACAUCGCUACGCGAUGCAAGGAGUGUGGGCGCAAACACCACACGAUGAUUCAUACCGGGUGGUCCAAAUACGGGGAUGCAGCCAAGGGUACGGGAGUCCCCUCAACAUCGGGCGGCCAGCAGGCCAACUCUGGGGACGCAGGCGCGUCAACAUCGGGUGCACGACCAGCGGUGCUCUUGGCGACGAGCCAGGCGCUUCUCAUCACCAACUUCGGAGCUGCUCAUCGGGUACGAAUGCUGCUGGACUCGGGGUCCGAGUUGUCCCUCAUCUCUGACAAACUCGUUCAGCGGCUCAAACUUCGUCGGGAAUCUUCCUCUAUUUCAAUCAUCGGGAUCGGCGGGAUUUCAUCGGGUCACACUCGCGGGAUGGUCUCAUGCACACUUCGCUCAAUUAACACCACGGAUUCUCUCUUAAUAAAAGCAUUUAUUAUCCCCAAGUUAAUGCCAACUCUGCCUUCAUUCUCUAUUUCGCACCCCCACUGGCCUCAUUUACAGGGUAUUCCUCUAGCGGAUCCAGAUUUCUCAGUUCCGGAUACGGUGGAUCUCAUACUGGGCGCAGAUGCAUACGGGAAACUGGUACGUUCUCAAAUUCGACGCGGGUCUCCUGAGGAACCCAUCGCACAAAAUACGAUAUUCGGGUGGGCAAUAUUCGGGCCCUGCAACGAAGCUCACAAUUCCUCGGGUUGGGUGCAGCAUGCCGCUGUCGAUCACGGGUUUCAGGCUCUCCAGGACCUCCUCGCGCAAUUCUGGGUGCAAGAGGAGGUGCCAGUGCAGUUCGGAUCGGAUCUCACACCGGAAGAGCAAGAAUGUGAGGCUCACUUCGUCGCUACAUAUUCUCGGGACAAUUCGGGUCGAUAUAUCGUUCGGUUGCCUCUUCGGUCGUCCACAAUCCAGCUCGGCCAGUCGUUUCAUACGGCGCACGCUUGCCUCAAUCGGCUCGUACGAAAGCUCGACCGGGACUCUCACUACAAGGGACUUUACGACACAUUUCUCGGGGAGUAUGAGUCCCUCGGGCACAUGUCGCGGGUGCGGGACGACGAAGUCGGUCGGGAUCGGGUCUAUUAUCUCCCUCAUCACGGGGUCUUGACGACAAAACUUCGGGUAGUGUUCAACGGGUCGUGUAACACGGAUUCCGGGACCUCAUUAAACGAUCUCAUGCACACGGGCGCCAAAUUACAAAAGGACAUUUCGGAUGUUCUCCUCUGGGCACGGCGCCACCGAUUCAUUUUCGCGACUGACAUAGUCAAAAUGUUUCGACAAAUUCGGGUUCACCGGGACGAUUGGGAUUUACAACGAAUUCUUUGGGUGGAUGAAAACGGGAACACGGCUCAUUAUCACCUGACUACAGUCACCUACGGGACACGGUCAGCUCCGUUUCUCGCGGUACGGGUGCUACUCCAACUGGUAGCAGACGAAGGGGAGAAAUAUCCGGCCGCAGUCGCUCCUCUUACAAUGGGGCGAUAUGUAGACGAUAUUUACGGGGGGGCUGACCAAAUUUCGGAACUUCUCACCCAGGCGCGACAUCUCAUCGGGAUUUGCACGGCGGGCGGCUUCCCGCUGGCAAAAUGGCAGAGCAACAGUCCGGCCUUACUCACAAAUCUGGGAUCUACGAUCCUCUCGGGUUCCUCUCACCGGUGGUCAUUCGGGCAAAAAUCCUUCUACAACGGUUGUGGCUGGAAACUCGCUUGGGACGACCCCGUAUCCACGGAGGUCGGAAAAUCAUGGGUCACAUUUCGUCACGAUCUGGCUCACCUCGGGAACAUCGCGGUUCCGUGGUGGCUCAACAUAACCUCGGAUUCCACCGUCGAGAUUCACGGGUUCUCUGACGCCUCACAGUUGGCAAUGGGUGCGGUCGUGUAUGUUCGGGUUACGGGUCCGGGAAAGAGCACCAGAACCGCGCUGGUCUGCUCGAAAACGAAAGUCGCGCCGAUCAAACGGCUCACCAUUCCGCGGUUAGAGCUCGCCGCCGCGUUAUUGGUCGCCAAACUCGCGAAAUACGUUCGGGAUACGUUGCAACUCCGGGAUUCGCGGGUAUAUCUGUGGACGGACUCCACAGUCACGCUUACAUGGGUCACCUCUCAUCCUUCACGAUGGAAGGAUUUCGUUCGGAAUCGGGUAUCCUCAAUUCAAGAGCUCAUUCCUCAGGGUCAAUGGAGAUUCAUUCCCGGGCGGGACAAUCCGGCGGAUUGUGCUUCACGGGGACUAACCGUCUCUCAGCUCGAGCAAUUUCAAUUAUGGUGGAACGGGCCACACUGGUUAGUCAAAUCAUCCUCACAUUGGCCAGCUCAUUUCACCGGGACGGCAGAUUCAGCGGCGCUCGAAGAGCGGCCAGGUCUUACGCUCACUGUCUCAACGCAACCCUCACCGGUCUUCGACCUCAUUCAUCGGUAUUCCUCCCUCACCAGGCUGUUGAGAAUUACUUCAUUACUUUUCAAGGCGCUUACAAACCUGAAGGGUGCGGGUCAGGAUUCAUCGGGCUCACUCCUCACACCGGGCGACCUGGAACACUCACAACAAUACUGGGUCAAGGCAAUUCAAGGGGCCUACUUCGCGACGGAGCUCAAGAUUCUCUCGGUGGGUCAAACGCUUCCGAAGUCGUAUCCAUUCACACGACUUACGGCGUUUAUUGAUUUUCACGGGACCAUACGGGUGGGGGGACGGUUGAAGCUCUCAGCCUUACAACCUGAGAGCAAGCAUUCAGCCAUCCUCCCGCGGGACUCACCACUCACGCGUCUACUCAUCUCGGACGCUCACACGUGCACGCUACACGGGGGAACGCAGGCAACUCUGGCGUUUCUGCGCCAGCGGUACUUCUUAUUCACCGGCGUCGAUUACGCCGGGCCAGUCUCUCUCAGGAGCUGGCGGGGACGCGGGCACAAGACUUACAAAGGCUGA